UGAAACUUAAACCAAUGUAUUCGCUCGAGCGGAGUCGUCCUGUCUGUUGACAGAGUACGUGCGUAGCAAAUAAGAUUAAAACCCACUUUUUAAGUCCUGGACUAAUUUGUUCGAAAACGUUAUAGCUACUCUCAGAGGCUUUUGGCGUUGUCUUUGUGUGGCUAACGUUCUAUGUUUGGUAUCGGAGUGGAAAAGUGUGUCCACACGGAAAGGGAGGAGGAUUCAUUCUAUUCAACCUGGGCCCCCUUCAUGCAAGUCGGUUGAACCUUUUCAAGGCCACUGCUGCAGGGGCCAAAUAUUAAUGGAAACAGUGCCGAAGGCACCACACGGGUGCGGUGGAUAACCAAGCUUGAGAAUGACCUGAAGACAAGUUAAAACACAAUAAUCACCCAAAGAACUUGAGGGCUAGAAUGUUCAUUAAGUGUUGUUUAGCUUUUUUUGUUUGCUCCAUUAAUAUAUUCUUGGAAAACCUGAGGAGUAACUAAUUGUUGGAACUUUAAUCUGCCCGAACAAGUUAUUCACAGCAGUGUUCAUUUAAAAUAAUAUACAUAUAUAUACCAACAACAACCAAAAACACCAGUGAAAAGUCUCUACGAUGGCCGCAGAAGGAUAUCAGUACAGGGCACUUUAUGAUUACAAGAAGGAGCGAGAGGAGGACAUUGACCUCCAUGUGGGGGACAUCUUAACAGUGACCAAAGGGACCCUGGUGGCCCUAGGGUACAGUGACGGCCUGGAGGAAAGGCCAGAGGACAUUGGCUGGCUGCCUGGCUUUAACGAAACCACUCAGGAAAAGGGAGACUUUCCAGGGACAUAUGUGGAGUUCAUUGGGAAGAAGAGGAUCUCUCCUCCCACUCCCAAGCCGAGACCCCCCAGACCCUUACCUGUGGCCCCGGGCUCCUCCAAGGCUGACUCUGGUGAUGAACUAGGCUCCGCCCUCCUGGACCUGACAGAGCAGUUUGCGCUCCCAGAGACAGCUCCUCCCAUGCUGGCCAAGCUGCUGGAGGCCAUUGAGAAGAAAGGUCUGGACAACCCAACGCUGUACAGGACCUUCACAGCCGAUGGUGGACUGGAUGUUAGACAGUGCUUUGAAACUGAUCCUCCGUCAGCAGACCUGGACCAGAUGGACCUGCAGAUGCUGUGUGACGGUCUACGUCGGUACUUGCAGGAUCUUCCCCAGCCUGUCAUCCCACCGGCCAUCUACACUCAGCUGGUCCACACCGCCCAAGAGGUGCAGAGCCCCAAGGAGUGUGCCCAGCUGCUGCGUCGCAUCGCCAGCACGCCCAGCCUGCCAGCCCAGUACUGGCUCACCUUCCACUGCCUGCUGCGCCACUGGUCCCGGGUGUGCCACAACGCGCCCAAGAACCUGCUCAGCUCCCGCGCCCUGGGCGAGAUCUUCAGCCCCGUGCUCUUCAGACAGCAGGCUGCCAGGUGGGUGCAGGAGAGAGAGGAACUGGCACUCACAGACAGCUGCGAGCCCAGCCCGGAUGCUCAUAUCAAGAUCAUUGAGACCCUUGUGACUAGCGAAUGGACAGAAGCACAGGCGGCUCCAGCCCUACCUCCCAAGCCACCAAAACCCACUCCCCCUGUUGUCACUAACAACGGUAUGAACAACAACAUGGCGCUGCAGGACGCCGAGUGGUACUGGGGAGACAUCUCCCGCGAAGAGGUCAAUGAGAAGCUGAGGGACACGGCCGACGGUACGUUCUUGGUCCGUGACGCCUCCACCAAGAUGCACGGUGACUACACUCUCACGUUGAGAAAAGGGGGUAACAAUAAGCUGAUAAAGAUAUUCCACCGGGAUGGGAAAUAUGGCUUCUCUGACCCCCUGACCUUCAACUCAGUGGUUGAGCUCAUCAACCACUACCGUAACGAGUCCCUGGCCCAGUACAAUCCCAAGCUAGACGUGAAGCUGCAGUUUCCCGUCUCCAAACACCAGCAGGAUCAGGUGGUGAAGGAGGACAAUAUUGAUGCUGUGGGGAAGAAGCUCCAUGAGUACCAUCAGCAGUACCAGGAGAAGAAUCGAGAGUAUGACCGACUCUACGAGGAGUACACCAGGACAUCCCAGGAAAUCCAAAUGAAAAGGACAGCGAUCGAAGCCUUCAAUGAAACCAUCAAGAUAUUCGAGGAGCAGUGCCAAACGCAGGAGCGGUACAGCAAGGAGUACAUUGAGAAGUUCAGGAGGGAAGGCAAUGACAAGGAGAUCCAGAGGAUCGUGGGCAACUAUGAGAAGCUAAAGUCUCGUAUCAGUGAGAUCGUGGACAGCAAGCGGCGUCUGGAGGAGGACUUAAAGAAGCAGGCUGCUGACUACCGAGAGAUCGACAAACGGAUGAACAGCAUCAAACCCGACCUCAUCCAGCUCCGCAAAACCAGGGAUCAGUACCUCACGUGGUUGACCCAGAAGGGAGUCAGGCAGAAGAAGCUCAACGAGUGGCUUGACAUCAGAAACGAAAACACAGAAGAUCAAUACUCUAUGGUGGAUGACGAUGAGGACCUUCCUCACCACGACGAGCGCUCCUGGAAGCUGGGCAACAUCAACCGGCUGCAGGCUGAGGCCCUCCUCCGGGGGAAGAGGGACGGAACAUUCCUGGUUCGAGACAGCAGCAAGGCAGGGUGCUACGCCUGCAGUGUUGUGGUGGAAGGUGAAGUGAAGCACUGUGUCAUCAACAAGACGCCCUCAGGGUUUGGCUUCGCUGAGCCUUACAACCUGUACAGCUCGCUCAAAGAACUGGUCCUCCACUACCAGCACACGUCACUGGUCCAGCACAAUGACUCUCUGAAUGUGACACUAGCGCACCCCGUCUAUGCACAGCAUAGGCGGUGAGGACCCUACUGUCCAUUCAGUCGGACAGAUACGUCUACUCAGACUUUGUCCUUAAGGAUUUUAAAAGCUAGGAUGUGUCUUGCCUACUAACAUACAUACUUUUUAUCCACAAGAGAGGAAAGGACUAAAGACAACCGCAAAACGAAGCCUGAAAACAUUUCAGCGACUGUGAGCAGUGGCGAGAGCCUGAAUGUAGUCUUGUUACUCUCGUGCUUAUUGUGGGAGCACAGAGUCAAGGCGAAACUGCUGAACUCUCUCCCUAAGUGGAGGACAUUGGAGGCCUUUUCCUAAUGGUGCUUGUUCUUUUCAAAGCUUUACCAGCUGGAAUGUCAAAAUGCAGAUAAAACUCGAGUGCAUCAUUUUUGUUUUUCUACUGUUCCUCCUCUUUUCCCCAUUUGUUUUUACUGUGUGUAUGUGUCUGAGAGUGUUUGAGAGUUAGUGUGUGCAUCCUUGUGACCAAAACUCACAGUAUCUGAAAGGUGUUGGGGAUGUCUAACACACCUGUGUGUUUAAGUGUUCAGUGACAGACCGUGGAUCAACUGAUAAAUGUAGCAAAAUGGCACUUUUGACAAAGUAUAAUUGUUUUAUUGAAAGACUCCUACGGACUUGUUGAAUCAAAGGAGAUGACAAGGUGGCAAGAAUUCCGGACUUUUCCCUUGCUAACCAGUGCAGAGACUCAACUGUUCUCUACUGUGGAUGAGUGAAAAUAUGAACGGACUUAAAAUGGAAAUAAGUAUGUAUAUAUACAGAGGAGAAUGUCAGUACAAAGCGAUGAAAACCUACCAUACCAAAAAAGCUCAGUUCCUUUUCGGUUAUAUCCUAAUAUGCUAUGCAAUUCUGUCUCCCUUAUUUCUGCAAAGUUGUUUUUAUUCUGUUGCAAACCCAUAAUAUAAGCUUGUUUUUAUUGCUUGAAAAAGUGUAUUUUUCCCAUGUAAAUAUCCAAGAGGAUAUUUUGUGUCAAAAUGCCAAGAUAAAAACUGCUUCAUAUUUUUUAAGAAAGUAAAUAAUAGUAACAUACUUUAUUACAAAUUUUUAUCAGCAACUGAUAAAACGAGUGUUUUAUUAGUACUUUUUUUGCUUCAAACUGAUAUUCUUCUCAGGCUGAGAGCCUUUUGAGUAUUUGACAGCUGCUUCAGUCACAAAUAUUUCUAACAGAGCCACAUGUUCUAGAUCUUAGUCGAAAAACAAACAAUGGUACCAUCCCAUAGCAUCCAAAGGGGCAGCCUAUUCCUUAUAGGAUACAGGGACUCGGGUGCCAUUUGAGAGGUAGCCUAUGACUAUUAAGUAUGUGCGCUCUUAGCAUGGAAUAAUGGGAAUAUUUGUUGAUUACUGCAGUCAUAAUGGUGCAUGUUGUACUCAACUUUUCAACCAUCUCCAUGGAAACAACAGUAUAGAUUUAUUUUGUUAUAUAACAUUUCCCCUUCACAAUGAGAUCAAAGCAAAUCUGUGUUUUUAAAUGAUGAAAAUUGUUAUUAAAAGUAUAAAUUGGGAGACAUUUGAUCUUCCCGUAUGCUUUGUCCCUAUAGUAUUUUUUCUGUAUCAGAAAAUCUUUUGAGUGUUUAAAGGGGUGGAUCAACUCAUUUAGAAUAAUGAUUGCUUAUUAUCGUACGACUUUGUCUGCCAAUACAUAGUGGUUCUGUUACUUGGAGGAAGUACCAACAUUUUGCUGCAACCCUCUAGUAAACAGUGUCACUGCUGCAGUUUUAGUUCUCACCCCUUUAUUCAAAAAUGUAUAUUUCCAUGACUGUAAAUUAGGAUUUUAAUCUGUACUACACUGUAAACAUGUAUCAAUGGAAAUUCACAGUGAUAGAUAUUGUAUGACCUAACAUGACAAAAAUAAUCUUGAUACAUUUCUUUUCAACUCUUAUGUCCCCAGAAUGAUAAACAUAGUAACAUUUGUGUUGAUAAAUAGAUUUUAUUUGAUUUAUAUAAUAUUAUAUUCAACUUUAGACUAUCAGCUAAAGACUUACCAUCCAAGCCCAGUCAAUAAAAUGUAAAUGGAGAACACAGCCAUGCAAUCUCCAUAGACAAACAUGGGCAGUAGAAUGGCCUUACUGAAGAGCUCAGUGACUUUCAACGUGGCACCGUCAGCAUGACACCUUUCCAACAAGUCAGUUAGUCAAAUUUCUUCCCUGCUAGAGCUGCCCCAGUCAACUGUAAGUGCUGUAAGUGCUGUUAUUGUAAGGUGCAAGCGUCUAUGAGCAAAAAUGCCUCAGCCGCGAAGUGGUAGGCCACACAAGCUCACAGAACGGGACCGCCGAGUUUUGAAGCGCGUACCACAUAUAAAUCGUUUGCCCUAAGUUGCAACACUCACUACCGAGUGCCAAACUGCUUCUGGAAGCAACGUCAUCACAAAUACUGUUUUCCGGGAGCUUCAUGAAAUGGGUUUCCUUGGCCGAGCUGCCACACAUAAGCCUAAGAUCACCAUGCACAAUGCCAAGCGUCGGCUGGAGUGGUGUAAAGCUCACCAUUGGAUAUUGGAGCAAUGGAAAUGUGUUUUUUUGAGUGAUAAAUCACACUUCACCAUCUGGCAGUCCGACUGGCUAAUCUGGUAUUGGUGGAUGCCAGGAGACCGCUACCUGCCCCAAUGCAUAGUACCAACUGUAAAGUUUGGUGGAGGAGGAAUAAUGGUCUAGGGCUGUUUUUCAUGCUUCGGACUAGGCCCCACAGUUCUAAUGAAUGCAAAUUGUAACGCUACAGCAUACAAAGACAUUCUAGACAAUUCUGUGUUUCCAACUUUGUGGCAAAAGUUUGGGGCCCUUUCCUGUUUCAGCAUGACAGUACCCCCAUGCACAAAUCGAGGUCCCUACAGAAAUGGUUAGUUGAGAUUGGUGUGGAUGAAUUUGACUGGCUUGCAUAGAGCCCUGACCUCAACCCCAUUGAACACCUUUGGGUUGAAUUGGAACGCCGACUGCGAGCCAGGCCUAAUCGCCCAUCAGUUUCCGACCUCACAAAUGUUCUUGUGGCUGAAUGGAAGCAACUCCCCGCAGCAAUGUUCCAACAUCUAGUGGAAAGCAGCAUGCCACUGUUAAGCUCUGCAAUGUGGAUGUUCGUCAUUCUGAUUGGUCAAGAGUCAAUAGCUAUUUCAAAAUGUAGAAUUUUCCUUUUUACACAUUUUAAAGGAGUAGUUCACUAUUUUACAACUUUAUGUUAGACGGUUCCUCUCCCUGAAAGCAGUCUAUUGGCCAUAACAAAAAAAUGUAAUGGCCCAAAAAAAAAUUUUUUACAUGCUCACAUGGCCCCAUCACUUUCAUUGAUUGUUAGCUUUUUAAUGGAUGUUUAUAGAAUUGAACCAUGGAUUACAGUUUCUCAUGGCCUACUACUCUUUAUAAGAAUAAUUGUCGUUAACUGUUUUUCUUUUGCUUUACUCACAUUGGUUCACUCAAGGCCAAUAACUACAGAACCAGUUAAAACAAAGCAAGUUUGGAUUCAAGCUACUAUGUCACCUCUGGGAUAAAUACCCAUUGUACUAUACAAUACCUUUUCAAGUUUGUUGUAUAAUUGUAGUUUGAUCUCAGGUGGCCCUGGUCUUGUUUGUUACUUUUGUCCAAUGUGUCAUCUCUACUCUCUUGUGUUCUUUGAAAAAAACCUGCACCGUUUUGAGGUUUAUUUUCUUUUAACCCUCAAUGACUAUAUGACUUCAGCUGACAUGGUGACUGUGACAGAAAUGUUGAGAUUGAGAUUUAACAGUGUUCCCCAGUUUUGCUUCAAACCUGUAUUAGGCUUUGUUAAAAUGAAAUAAAAGUGUUUAAGAAACUA